CUAGGUUCCUCUUUGGCAGCUGACGCGCUCACCAGCGCUCACGCGCCAAACCUGGCCGACAUCGCAAUAAAAUCGGAAUACUUGCGAUGACGGUGAAGGAGAAAUUGGAGGCGUAUAGACGCAAAAAGCGUAGAGAGGAAACGAUGAAUUCGAUCAAAGGCGUAAUGAAAAAUAUGUUGACAUGGAAUCGUAAUAAUAAUGUCAAAUCCUCCAUCGAAGAAUCGACGGAGGAAGAGCAGAUCAAAUUGUGCGAACAAUCGGCUGAUGUCGAGGAGGAUAGACAGGAGAAUCUUCAGGACGACGUCCAGGAAGAGCAGGAGUCGCGUGUCACAGUGUUAAACCGAGUAAUUUAUUUAUUAUACUUUUUGUUGUGGGCUACCCUAUACAUGAUUGCAUUGGAGUACGAGUUCGGUGCUGUCUACUUUGUGCUCUCGGCUCUGGUCUUCGUCUGCUUGAACACCAGAUCUGGGCCGAAGCGACAUGGCGAACCCAGUGCUUAUUCUGUUUUCAAUCCGAAUUGUGAGGCGAUAGAGGGUACCCUCGACGCGUCGCAGUUUGAAAAGGAAAUAAGAUAUGGUAUAGCAGGGGCACGAUAAAAUCAAGACAAGCUGACAAAGUCUGAACACAGAUUUGACAUUAUGACAUUUACUUGCAUUUCGAUCCAUUUAAUGUUGGAGUUGGUGAAUGUGUGACGCAAAUUUUAGACAAAUAGCUUCACAAUUUGUGAAGUUAAGUGCAAUAUUAUUCGGGUGUGUGGAUCAUGUUUGAUUCUUCCAAAUUUGUAUAAAAACUAAUACGCUUACUUAAUUUAAUUCAAUAUGUAAUUUAAAAGGUUCUAGAAUGUCUAUUAUGUAUCUUGAGGUACAAAUCAUGAAUACAAAUUCUAUAAAAUUUUAUAGUUCCAGAGAAAGAUGUGAUGUUGGAACAUACGUUAAGCAUACGUGUAAAAAUAUGAAUAAGUAUUAUGCCACAUUACUUCUACGUGACACUUUUAUAGGGAAUAUUGAAAGCAUAUGGUACGAAUAUGGAUAAGUGUUACAUGUUACUUUUAUACUUCUGACACUUAUAAAGAGAAAUAUAUAUUUUGUUUUAUACCC